GACAACCGCCGCCCAGUAAACGGCGACGGUUUCGGGGUAGGUUUCUACACGGACGCGAAACUGGGCCCAGAGCCGUGCAUCUUCACCUCAACAAUCCCAGCCUGGAACUGCGAGAACCUAGAGCGGCUGGCCUCCAAGACGUGCUCGAACCUAAUCUUCGCGCAUGUGCGCGCAACGACGGAAGGCACGCUGUCGGACACAAACUGUCACCCGUUCCAGCACCGCACGCUGAUGUGGAUGCACAACGGCAACGUGGGCGGGUGGCAGUACAUUAAGCGGGCGCUGGCGGACUCGCUGGCGGACAAGUGGUAUCUGGGGGUGAAGGGCGGCACCGACAGCGAGUGGGCGUUCGCGCUGUUUCUGGACCUGCUUGAGAAAGAAGGCGUGGAUCCCAGCUGUGAUCCGGGGCCGGAGGGGUUCGGGCAGGCGCUGCUGCGGCGCGUGAUGGUCAAGACGAUCGCGCAGAUCAAUGCGUUCAUUAAGGAUAUUCCGACGCGGCAUCGCGGCGUUUCGAAUGUCGAGACGCGCAGUUUGUUGAACUUCGCCGUCACGGAUGGUCAUACUGUUAUCUGUACGCGGUAUAUCAGUAGUAAGACGGAUGAGCCGGCUAGUUUGUAUUUCUCGUCUGGCACGAAGUGGACGGAGGGCAAGGGCCAGGGCCAUUUUAAGAUGGAGAGGCAUGAUAAGGGUGCGGAUUUCGUGCUUGUCGCGAGUGAGCCUAUAACCUUUGAGAGACAUAAUUGGGUGUCUGUGCCUGCGAACUCCAUCGUCACCAUCCACAAGCAGACUGUCAUGUUGCAUCCCAUCAUGGAUGAGUUCUACGUCGAGGACUCCAACCAGGACCGCUCCUCGUGCUAUGCCGUCUCCAAGGGCCUGGUCAGCACCGCCCCCGGCACCACCGUGCAACCCCAGAAUGCCGACCCCGGAAAUCCCAAGCCGCCGCCGCUGGACAUGAGUCGUGCGAACCAGUGCGCGGUAUCUCAUUGACGGUAGCGUUGUUUUGCGGGUAGUCAUUCCUGGAUUUUGUGUGCGGGCCAGCCGGCUCGAUGGGUGGGAGUGCAACCGGAGUCAUUUUGGCGUGGAGUUGGUGAUGUUACUUUAUGGACUUUUUUCGGGGAUUUCGACUCAAGGGACUUCUACAUUCUUCAUUCACACUAUAUCGCAAGAUUGUCUAAUCACGGGUUUUGAAAUCGAAUUAUCACUAUUAUCAUGCAAAGAAG